GUGCACCCAAAUGUGCCCAAACCAGCCGGGAAACUCAAGCAUGUCAACUGGGUUAAGAUCCCACAACAUGCCAUGUCAGGUAAGAACAAUGUGUGGACAAAGAUCCGUGAGUGGGAGGAGAGGAUUGAGCCGGAUUUCUCCCGAGCAGAGGAGCUCUUCCGUCAAACAGAACUUCCCACCAGAGAGAGGAAGAAAAAACAGGAGGAGACAAAACAAUUGUUGCAGGUCAACCUUCUGGAGGGGAAGAGGAGUCUGAACAUCAACAUCUACCUUCGACAGUUCAAAUGCUCCCAUGAAGAGAUUAUAGACAUGGUACAGCAAGGUGACCCUGAGAAAAUGGGUGCUGAGAGACUGAAAGGACUGCUGAGAUUACUGCCACAGGCUCAUGAAAUUGAGCUUCUGACAUCCUACGAAGGUGACAAGACCAAACUGGGAGCAGCGGAGAAAUUCUUCCUCCUUCUGUUAGAGCUUCCAAGUUAUCGCCUGCGUGUGGAAGGCAUGGUGAUGAAGGAGGAGUUUUCUGCCAGCAUGGCGUUCCUGAAGCCGUCCAUCCGUACUGUCCAGCAGGCCUGCCAGGACCUACUGGAGAACAAGAAACUCCAGCGGAUCCUACAGCUCAUCCUCCUCACUGGGAACUUCCUCAACUUUGGAGGGUAUGCUGGCAAUGCUGCAGGCUUCCGGCUCCACUCACUUCUGCGCCUGGUCGACACCAGAGCCAACAAGCCAAAGAUGAACCUCAUGCAUUUUGUAGUGCAGGAAGCGGAGGAGAAGGAUCCUUCCAUCUUGACUUUCCCAGAUGACAUGAAACAUCUAGAGGAAGCAGCAAGAUUAUCCCUGGAAGGCCUGGGGAGUGAGAUCCAGCAGCUGAUGACAGGACUGCACCGUCUCCACAAACAGCUGUCCAACUCUGAGGAUGAUGUUAAGGAGCAGUUCCAAACAUUUGUUGAGCGAGCCAUGGUGAGUGUGUGUGAGCUGCAGAAAGAGCUGGGCACCAUCAAGCAGCUAGCCAGGAAGCUGGCUGUCCACUUCUGUGAGGACCCCAACAGCUUCCAACUUGAGGAGUGUCUGCAAAUCUUCAAGACAUUCUGUGAGAGGGUCAAGACAGCUCACAAGGUGUGUCCAUCAAGGUCAUACUGA